AAGGUUGGGCAAGUUACGCCACCCAUGUCUCUACGAAAUAUUACCCAUGGCGUGUUGCAAUGCUUCUUUUGGGAUACAUUCGAAGGGCAAAGUUUGAAGGUUGUGGAAAUCAUGCCACACAAGUCUCUACGGAAGAUUACCCAAGGCGUCUUGCAAUCCCGCUUUCGGGAUAAUAUCCAAGGGCAAAGGAAUAGCCCUCUGCUCAUAUACAUCGUGUUGAUGAACAUGAUCACGGUUCAAAGAUCAAACGGCAGCCGCACACUGCUUGGUGGCCCACCUCCCUUCCUGCCUCCACAAGGCACGGGUGUGGUCGUGGCCAUGAGUGGAAGCAUCCCCUCGGCCGUCCUGUCAGCAAUCACUCCUCGCAGCCACUCUGCAACGGUUUGGGACAACAGUGUCUUGGCAGCAGAGGAACGGAGAGGGAUACCCAAGGCUCCUGAAGAAAGGGACGUAAAGGCUAAGUCUGUCGGGAUCAGAGGUCCAUUGAUUUGUUACACUGCCAAUCAAGCCAACGCAACACUGGACUUGAUCAUCAAAUCUGGAGGAAGACCUGCCAACGACUUGCUUACUCUAAAUAUUGAAGUUUAUUUAAAGAUCACCUUUGAAGCGUCUGGAAACUACUUGAUUGUGAAGCUGUCUUUAGACAGCCCUGAUGACCUUUUAAUUUCUUCACCUGUGGCUGGGACAAAUGUGAACCGUUACAUACAGUGGAGUGAAGCUAUGGUUAGGAAAACCCUGAAUGCGCUGAAUCGAAUGUACCAAGACCAAGUGCCAACCCUGAGAACCAAGCAGCACAUGAACAACACAGCAGUGGCUGACUCACAGGGCAUGCUGCACAUUCAUGUGAUUGACUGAUCCAGAGAACCAACCAUCCAACCGCUGCGCUUCAUUUUAAACACUUCUUUAUCCUCUAAUAUGAACGAUGAGGCCAGCAAACACCAUAUGGAGCAAGGUGUGCAGCGUUGGAGAAACAGAAUUCUGUGCAUCAUUUAAAAACCUGUACGAAGACUGAAUUCUGUGUAAACAUACUUAAGAUUGCUACUUAGUGUACGUGCUGCAUCCUUCUGCCAAUAUUGAAUAUCCCAUCCUGUUGACUAAAUUGUCAUACUGUAUGAUGUCACCUGAAGUCUCAGGAAGGGCAGACUCCAUAGGAUGCAAAUAAAUAGUUAGAUGU